AUGGUCGUCGUGUUCCUCCUUCUCAGCACUGUGAGCUCUGUAAUACGAAGGAAAGAAGUCUUUGACCUUCCAGCAAACGGCCAUGCCAGUGAUGAGCAACCACACGAAGACGCAGUAGUCAACACAUGGUGUCCAGUGCCGCAACUGCCAGCUCCGUCACAAGACGGGUUGACCUCACUGGCCGACUUUGGAAGCAACAAAGACUUGAUACAUCAGCAGGCUGAACGACUCAGUGCUGCUGUCAAUAUCCCUUCAAUCUCAUAUGACGACAACGAUGAUGUAGACAAGGAUCCAAGAUGGCAUGCCUUUGUCACCUUACAUGAGACUUUAAAAACUCAGUUCCCAAAAGUGUAUGUGAAAAGCCAACAACACUUGAAUCGCGCCAUGGAACGACUUCUUGAGCAGGACUUCAAGAACAAACGCACCAUCAUCCUGUCGUUCGGGUUCGACGAAGAGACUGGUGGCUUCAGAGGUGCGAAGUACUUGGCAGACCAUCUAAAAGAGAAGUAUGGUGAGAACAGUAUAGAAAUGAUUGUCGACGAAGGCGGUGGCAUGAUCGUCGAAGACGGUGUGACUUAUGCGGUGCCAGCGAUUGCCGAGAAAGGAUUCCUGGACAUCGUCCUGACUCUGAACACUCCAGGUGGCCACAGCUCUGCACCGCCCAAGAACACAAACAUCGGCAUCAUGUCACGACUCAUCGCAGCUAUGGAGGAUCACNCCUUUGUUCCUCAUAUCGACGAGAACAACCCUAUUUGGAACUACCUAAAGUGUGAAGUCGAAAACUCGCCCAAAACAGCAGAGCCAUGGCUACGGGAAGCUCUGGAGAAGAACGAAGACUUCGCAGACAGGCUGAUCGAUUCACGCGGCGACAAUGUACGCUGGUGGAUGCAGACGACACAGGCGGUAGACAUCGUCAACGGCGGCAUCAAGGACAAUCAACUGCCAGAGAUUACAGAAACCAUCAUCAACUACCGCGUCCUUCCGAGCGACAGGAUAGAUGAUGUCCUGAAAGCUGUCGCUGAUGUUAUCGCUCCUCUUGCGAACAACUACAGCAUUGCAGUUCAAGGGCCAGGUUAUUCGCAGAUCGACCGUGGCUUUGGCGUCCUUAACAUCUCUUCGAUGAACAUCCUUCAACCAUCACCAAUCACGCCGACAGGGCCAGACGUAGGAAUCUGGAACGUAUUCGCAGGCUCCAUCCGACAGGUUUUCGAAAACACAGCAGAAAAGUUGUCAGCGAAGAAAGUUAUCCCCGUGGGCACGAGCGCGGCUGGAAAUACCGACACUGCCCACUACUGGUCCUUGACGAGGAACAUAUAUCGCUUUUCGCCCUUGUCAAAGGAAACAGCCAAGGGUCCACAUACUGUAGAUGAGAGAGUGGAUAUGCAUGCGCAUUUGGGAGGUGUCAAGUUUUACUACGAGUUGAUCAGGAACAUGGAUAGUUAUACAGGCAAUUAG